AUGGAUGAGGUGGAUGUUCAGCAAGAGCUGAGGGAUAAAGUAAGCAGCCUGAUUUUCUCCCCGCCGCCGAUGAAGAAAUCCGACACUAGGGACAGUAUUUCUUCAAUGGACAGCGACGUUAGUCUUUCCUUCGACCGUAGAGGUUCAAAAGGUGAAGAAGCCGAUCUGUCGGACAGUGGAAGUUCCGAUAACGAAAGAAAACGAAAAACUCCCGCGAAAGAACAUCGGAAUUCGGAUCCAGAUUCGGGAGCAGAUUUCACCGAGGACGUUAAUCCUAGAGAGUUGAAUAAUCAAAUGCAAGAAACGCAAGUUGAUGGAACUACAGUCGAAAAACAGGACGAUUUUGUUCCGCCUAACAGCGAUUUGGCUGAGAAAAUAUGUGCUCAAGUGGAAUUUUACUUUUCGGACGCGAAUAUCGUUAAAGACGCUUUUCUGUUGAAACACGUAAAGAGAAACAAGGAAGGAUACGUGUCGCUCAAACUGAUUUCGAGUUUCAAAAGGGUGAAACACCUUAGCAGAGACUGGAGGGUUGUUGGUGCGGCUUUGGCUAAAUCGAAGAAACUUCAAGUGAAUCCACAGGGGACCAAAUUACGUAGGAUCGAUCCUUUGCCGUUAUUCGAUCAAACUGCCCCUUCGAGAACGAUUUUAGCCGCCAGACUUCCGGUUGAGAAAUUAUCGGUGGAAUCUGUAGCUGAAAUCUUUCGACCGUGCGGAGAGAUCGCCCUUAUCAGAGUUCUUCGACCUGGGCAUCCUGCACCAGCUGAGGUGCGACAAGUAAUCGCUAAAAGGCCAGAUUUGGCAUCUAACGAGGAGUGCGCCAUGGUCGAGUUCACGGACUCAGCGUCCGCUCGUCUUGCACUGCAAAUGGCCUUCGGUGAUGCCAAGGUGUUCGAGCUGCAACAAUCCGGUGACAAGAAGAGGAAACAGCAAUCAACGAAGAAAGGUGCCCUGACGAGAUUGGCCAAAGAGGAAGCUUACAACUCCUCGAGUUGUGCCAGUGGAUCGGAGGUUGAAGACGGGAGAGUCAGACAGAAAAAACCCAUUCAUGGUUAUCCAGUGUAUCACGCUUACCCGGGCCAUCCCUAUCAAGGACCACCUUCACCAGACGCAUGGCUGUCUCGCCGGUUGUCCGGCUGCUCGGUAUCGGGUUCGGAAAACGGUUUCAUCCUUCGUCGUUUGUCUUCCUGUUCCGGUUCAGGUUCCGGCUCGGAAACCGGAAACUUUGGCAGACGUUACUCCGCUUGUUCCUCUGGUUCCGAAACUGGUUACUGCCAUCCGGUCUUUCCACCGAGUUACUGCUACCAAGAGAACCGACGAUUCUCCUGUUGCUCGAGUUCCGGUUCCGAGUGCAAUAGUGCCUGCUAUCAUUCUAGUCGCCGUGGAUCCACGGAUUAUGGGCCAUUCUUGAGAAGACUGUCCGCGUGUAGUCGAGAUUCCGGCUUCGAUGCAGGUGCCAGAAGGUUAUCUCUAUGUUCCUCUGGCUCCGAACAGACCACUUAUUGUCGACCUAGAAGCAACAGUGGUAUAGCGUUAACACAUUUGCCAGAGAACGUAACGAGAAUGCCGUCUGGUCCGGAUGGUACACGUGGAUUUGGUAGGCCUCUAAAAAUCAACGCCAUGUCACCAUCAAUAGAACCCACUUGGUAGACGUCAGUCGUUCUUUGUGGCAUGUAUACAGAUCGUUAAAGU